CGCCGACCGUUGAAGAAGGCAGUAGGGGGUUAUAGCGAACCGGACGGCCAUUUCAGUCGCUGUUAGAGCCAGUAAGCUGUAGCUUUAGGGUCAUUCAGGCAGACAUGGACGAUUUCGACAUGCUGGGGAACGCGGGGAACGGCGUCGGGGCGGAGGAGGACCCCGCGGCAGCUUUCCUGGCCCAGCAGGAGAGCGAGAUCGCGGGUAUCGAGCAGGACGAAGGCUUCAGCAUCCUGGACGGCGGAGAGGUUCCCUCUCACCUCGCCGCUGACCAGCACAACGGAGGAGCACUGAACGGAGAUCUGCAUGAGAGUAACGGUCCCUCUGACGCAUACGCUGCCAUCUCCAGCGCCGACCGCCUGCAGGCAGAGCCAGAGAGUCUGCGCAAGUGGAGGGAGGAGCAAAGCGAGAGACUGGAGGCGCUGGAUGCUAACUCACGCAAGCAGGAAGUGGAGUGGAAGGAGAAGGCGAAGGUGGAGCUCGAGGAGUGGCACGCCAGACAGGACGAGCAACUAGCUAAGACCAAAGUCAACAACAGGGUUUUGGAUGAGGAUUUCUACAAACAACCCUUCGCUCACCUGAUUGGUUAUGUCACUCAUAUUAACCAUCCUUGCUACCGCCUAGACCAGGCGGCGGAGGAGGCCAUGGUGUCAGAGCUGAACGAGAACAACCCAGGGACGGAAUGGGAGCGCGUGGCGCGCCUCUGCGACUUCAACCCCAAGUCCAACAAGCAGGCCAAGGAUGUCUCCCGCAUGCGCUCCGUCCUCAUCUCGCUCAAACAGUCUCCGCUGGUCCGCUAGACCACCCCUCAGUUCCGCACACCUCACAGAACUACAAUUCCCAGCAGCUCGCGGGCCCCACCACCUCAUUUCCGAGUGGCUGUGGUCCAAAAGGUUUUGAGACCUGUUUUUCAUAUAUAAAUAAUCUAUAUUAUAUCCUUACAUAAUAUGGUAUAGAUAUAUCUAUAUAUGUUUAUAUAUAUAUAUUCUCCAUCUAUAAAUAUAUAAAUAUAUAUAUAAAAAAAUUAUGCUUUUCAGAUUGGUUUUAUUUUUAUUUUUUCGGCAUCUAUUUUACGGACCAAACUCCAUAAGUGUGUUAUUCUCGUUUUCCAUUUAGAGCCCGUGUAUGGCAUUUGUGACUUUAUGAAUCUAUGCAUUUCCUCUUUGAACUGUCCAGGAAUGAAGUACAAAAUGUCUUGUGUAUGUUGUAUACAGAUGGUAGGUGUAUUGUAUGUGUGUGUGCGCGCGUGUGUGUGUGUGUGGGUGUAUCUGUGUACGUUAAGACGACUGGCCCAGUGUACACUUGAGAGUGUGAAACGGAAACACAACUAGUUGUUUAUGAGCAGAACUGUACCUUGGUUGUUGUAUCUUUGUCGUUCUCUGAACUUGAUUCUGAUUAAACAUGGUUGAAAUCUGA